AAGAGUCGGUCGCGACCACGCCACGCGCUCAACGCCGAGGCCUCCUGCCACUGCGUCGGAGCGGUCGGAGAGUUAUUCGUCUCUCUUUCUCUCUCCUCGUCAGCUCGCCAAUGUUUUGUCACAUCGAAAACCAAACCCGUUUAGCGCACGCAGAGGUCACGGUCGUGCAGGAGAAGCAAUGGGCGCCGGCAACAAUGAACAGCGAUGAACGACAAGCACCGGUCGAGAACCGAACGGCGGCAAACUAAUGGACGAUUCACACUCCCACGAGCACGACAUUCGAUACCCGCGGAGCUGGAGAUCCUGCAAGGCAAAAUCUGGCCAUGCACACAAAGAUGGCGGCCGCACGGUGAAUCAGUGAGGAGAGAGAGAGAGAGAGAGCAAGAGAAAGAGGUUGUAAACGGUUGUCAACAAGUAGAAAGAUUUAAUACUCGCGGAAGACGGACGAUUUAGGAUGAUCAGAGAAACGAGGGAGUUGAAUCGAACGUAAGUCGCGUAUCUUCUCUCUCUCCUUUUUAUGUGUAAGUGUGUCGCGUGGAGACAAAGCGCCGAGAGUGUUGGAAGUAGCACGGAGCCAUCCGUUGUGAGUAACGAGCCUUCCUCUAUCCGCUCGUCCGAAGAACAGAUUUUGAUGAAUGUCUGAGAGUGACUACGAUUCAGCGAACGAGUACACAAGCCUGAUGGACGGUCACGUCGCGGAAUCUCGCACGGAUGACCUGAUCCUGGGCAGCGAUCGUCGUAAAAGCCGUUCCAGAGGUGCCAAUGAAGAGGUGGAGAAUGGGUUACCCGAAGUGCAAAUUGAGGUGCCAGGCACAGCGGUCGCCCGAUCGAACAGACGUGGCGCGUCCGGUAGCAAUAAUCAAAAUAGACUGAGGCACUACAGAGAUGAGGAGGAAGAGGAACUCAAAUACGGUGCGGCGCAUGUGAUCAAACUUUUCGUCCCUGUUUCACUGUGCAUGCUGGUUGUGGUGGCCACUAUUAGCUCAGUCCAUUUCUACACGACCAAGGGAAUGUACUUAGUGUACACUCCAUUUCAUGAGGACAGCUCUGACACGAGUACCAAAGUCUGGCAGGCGUUCGCCAACUCGCUGAUUCUCAUGAGCGUUAUUGUGUUUAUGACUGUGAUACUUAUCAUUCUCUACAAAUACAGAUUUUACAAAGUCAUACAUGGUUGGUUAAUUAUAAGCUCUCUACUGUUGCUCUCAAUGUUCUCUGUUCUAUAUUGCGAGCAAGUAUUGAAAGCUUAUAACAUUCCAAUGGAUCUAUUCACGUUAGGUAUAGGUUUAUGGAAUUUUGGUGUAGUUGGAAUGAUUUGUAUACACUGGCAAGGGCCAUUGCAGCUUCAACAGGCAUAUCUGAUCUUCAUUUCUGCUUUGAUGGCGCUUGUUUUCAUUAAAUAUUUACCCGAAUGGACGGCGUGGGUUGUGCUCGGCGUUAUAAGCAUUUGGGACUUGAUUGCGGUUUUAACACCGAACGGUCCGCUAAGGAUACUCGUUGAAACGGCGCAGGAACGAAACGAAUCUAUUUUCCCUGCUCUAAUAUAUUCUUCCACCAUAUUAUACUCGUUUACUGUGACUUAUGCUGGAUAUGUACAAGCAGCUACAAUGGCGUCUGGCGACACUCCAGCGUCUCCUACGCGUGGCCAACCGGACGAUCAAAAUAAUCAGGCAUCAGGCGAUGCGGAGGGAGGUUUUACUCCAGAAUGGAUAGAGACGCAUGAGGAACGUGGCACGAGGCGUGCCCAAGAGGUGCGCGAGAAUUCGUCUGCAUUGAGGGAAAACACGAGACAGCAGGACAAUCGUCCACGAGAGUCACAAGGACAAGCCGCGGUUGAGGAAGAACGUGGAGUUAAACUAGGUCUCGGAGAUUUUAUAUUUUAUAGCGUGCUCGUCGGAAAGGCGUCCAGCUAUGGAGACUGGAACACCACGUUGGCUUGCUUUGUUGCUAUUCUUAUUGGCCUCUGUUUAACACUGCUGUUGCUGGCCAUAUUCAAGAAAGCGCUACCCGCGUUGCCGAUUUCUAUCACGUUCGGUUUGACGUUUUAUUUUGCCACGAGAGUGAUUGUCGCGCCGUUUGCUGAUAGUUUAGCGAGUGAACAAGUGUUCAUUUAAAUCGAGGUAUGAAAAAAUCAUCCUAUUAUUUAAUAUAAUAAUUUAUUGCAAAAAUCGAAUACAUCGAAGGGACGAUGCUCAUUUGUUUAGCUAUUUGAUGUCUGUUGUAACUACCAUUAAUUUCCCUAUUUCUCGAAUUGGUUUCUCUUUUAAAUACCACAUGAUUUAUGUGAAUUUUCUGAACUAAACAAAUCAAGAAAAAUAUACUUUUAUGUCUGUUGCUAUCAAUAUAAAUUAACUUUAAUCUUGGUUUAACUUAUUAUUUUUUUUUAAUUCCUGGAACUAGAAAAAGAUAACGAAUAAGUUAUAAACUAAGAUUAAAGUUAAUUUAAGAUAAUUGGUAAUUGAUUGAUAGACAUGGACAUUAGACAUUUAUCAGAGAAUUAUAUAUCAAGUAUGUAUUACAUAUGUGUACAUAUACAUAUAUACGUCGCAAAAUGCUCAGAAAAGAGAAAUAAUAAUUUAAAUUUCUAAUAGCAGGAUAGAAUAGAGAAUGAUAGAGGAUGUAAUUAUUUAGUAUUUUUCUAUGCAAAGUGAAUUUACGAAAAUACGCCUGGUUGGCGAAAGAUGCCAGGCGGUUUACAUUUCAUCGCGGCGAUAUGUGAUACACAAGCAAAGGGAAAAAAAAUGCGCUGUAUUAUAACAAUUUAUUGUACUCCAUUGUUACACUUAUGGAACAUAUAGGUCUCGUAGAUUUGUGUAUAAAAAAAGCGGAUAACGACGUGGGAUGAUUGUGAUGAUGAUCGUAUGAAACGCGAGGUAAUGUCCGUUCGAAUAAGUAAUAACUGCCUCGUUAUACACAUCUCGAUUAGUAUUCGCGAUACACACCUUCUAAACGGUGUUGUCGCUUCAGAGUGUCAAGUGUCUCGUUAUCACUAAUUAUUAAUUAUUAGCCAGGAUAAAUCUGUGGGGUUCUUUCGAAUCCAGGUUACACACAGCCAUGGAAUAAAUACCUUUUUUUUUAUCGUACUACCGAAAAGCAUAUUUAUCGUAC